GUACUGGAACCGCACAUGGUGGCUCAACCAUCGCCAGCCUAUAGUCAACCAGCUAUUCGACUGUUGUUGAUAUCUCCUAACUCCCUCCGGACUUAACGCAUGUCUUGAUCGCGAAAUCUCCGGGAUCUUAAGCACAGAGUGACAUUUCGGGACCGAAAAAGGCUAACGGAUCCACCAAACCUGACGGAACCAUAAGUCAACACACCGAAUAGCCUCUUAAAUAACGGCCGACAGAUGGUAGCUUGACCUUGAUGAAGAGGAAGAAGCAUAUGGUGUCUAGUACAAGAGACGUAUGAAUCCCGCGUUUAUGACCUUGAGUUAAGAAGCAAGUUCAAAUCAGUCAUCUCUCAAUAAAGAUUGUACUCAACUUACCUUGACCCCAACCCCUGAAAAUCUCCCCAUCCCACAUCAUACUUACUAGCCCCUCUACAUCACCGAAAAAAACACCAUCAGCCAUGUCCUCCCCCUCUUCCUCCGCGCAGCCUGAACUGCCCUCCGGCAUCAGCCGCUGCUGCCUCACCGGCUUCCGCUGGUCCGGCACGCCCACAGGCACCGCCCUCCCUGCAGGUUCCAUCCCAGGUACCACCAACGCCGUCUACAAAACGGGCACGAACCCGCGCGUCGCCAUCCUGAUCAUCCACGACAUCUUCGGCUGGACCUUCCCCAAUGUCCGCCUGCUGGCUGACCACUACGCCGCCGAAGCGAACGCCACCGUCUUCGUCCCGGACUUCUUUGGCGGCUUCGUCUGUCCGCCCGAGCUAGUGCUGGAGGAGCGCUGGGCGGAGAUCGACAUUGCGCGCUUCAUGAAAGAGAAUGCGCGCGAGGUGCGCGAGCCCGAAAUCUUUGCGUUUGCGAAGGCGUUGAAGAGUGCGGAGGGGGGCGGGUUUGAGAAGGUCGGGGCCGUGGGGUACUGUUAUGGUGGGUGGGCGAUUUUCAGGUUGGCUGCUGCUGAGCAUGAGGAGGGUUCUGGAGAUUCCGAGGGGAACGGCAAGAAGUUGGUGGACGCGGUGACGACUGGUCAUCCUACCCUUGUGACGAAGGAGGACAUUGACAGGGUUUCAAAGAACGUGCCGGUGCAGGUGUUGGCUCCGGAGUUUGAUCGAAGGUAUACGGAGGAGUUGAAGACGCACACAUUUGUGACGCUGCAGAAGCUGGGAGUGCCGUUUGAGUAUUCACAUUUUUCGGGGGUGCAUCACGGUUGUUUCAUCAGGGGCGAUGAGAGGAAGGAGGGUGAGAGGGAGGCAAUGGUUAGGGGGAAGAAUGCAGCGGUUGCGUGGAUGAAGCAGUGGUUGCAUGGUAACUGAGUCUUCAACGAGGCUGGAUCGUAUAGGGAAGAUUUGAAUGGGAAUAGUGUCGGCUGUAAGCAUUCUGAGGCCUCAAGCCUCAAGCUGAGUUGUUAAGAUCUGGAUUCGGACAUUGCCGUCGUUUCUUCAAUCCAGUUGUGGUGGGACGAGCGGCGUUUGUUUGUGAGUGUUGUUGCUGAGUCUCUUCUUCUGGCU